AUGUCCCAGUCCCUCAGAGCGUCUCGCUCUCUCCUCGCCCGCGUCUCUCGGCAACAGGUUUCUUCGGCUUCUCGCCGCACUUUCCUGACCUCCGCUGUUCGUCAGGCCGACCCCGUUCAGGAUCUCUACCUCCGUGAACUCCGUGCUUUCAAGCCCACUCCCAUUAAGCCUGGUGACGCCGAAGCUCACGUCCAGAAGUUCAGCGUUCCCGCUACCCCCAAGUCUCCCGAGGAGGCCAACCUCGCCAAUGAAUUGAAGUCCUACGAGACCCAGGAAGUUGAGGUUGAGGGCCAGGCUGCCUCUGGUGAGGCUGCUCCCGCCGAGGAGAGCUGGUUCGAGGAGGAUGAGGAGGAGGCUCCCGCUGCCCACUAG